UCAGAUCACGUGCGCACAUCACAUGACCUACCUCGUCAGAGCUUGUCAGGUCUUUUCCGUAUCUCCCUCUGCUUUCCUAUCUCUUAACUUCAACCGUAUUUCCUCCAGUUUAUUUUGCUUGACAUUUCAUGUGGCAGCGGGUCUUAUUGUGUGUUGCUCGAACACAGGACUGUGCUGCAUGUUUGUUAACCUGCGUCUUGAAUAAAAUUUCGCUCCGUUCAGAAACGACCCGAAGAGCCACAGCUAGCCUCUGGUAGCACGCUAGCAGCUGUUCAGUUUUGGGGAUAAUAGCGUCGCUGUGAGGCAGCCAACCAGGCACAAAGGGCAGGUUCUAUGACAUACGACCAUCAACCCCGAUCAGAGGAUGUACCCGCCUUCCAGAAAGGACUUCAUCUCUCUGACACUCAGCGACCCACACAGUCAGAACUACAACAAUGGCAAACACCGAAGGCAGUCCUGCUGGAGAAAAUGGAAGCAGCUGUCUCGGCUCCAGCGAAGCCUCAUCCUGUUCCUGCUGGCUCUGCUGCUCAUAUUGGGACUGCUCUCCUACAGCAGCAUCACAGAACAUUGGAGAGGUUUGUCUGACCAGGAGGACUGGCUGGAGUUGAAUGACAGAGAAUUAAAGGCCAUUCCUCCAGGUGUGAAGCCAGUGUUGGGUCAGGCUGCAGGUAAAGCUCCAGCUCCGGUGGGGGGACCUCAUUUGCAGCUAACUGUUGUUCCAGAUGCUGCAGGAGAAGCCAGAGGACCAAAUAUCCCCAUAUUGGUUAAGCCUCCAGUUAAGAAAAAGAUAUUUGCAAACAAAAGAGGUCCACCAAGCCUACAGAGAGAUGCAAAUGUUUCAGACACGGUCGGCAGGGAGAAGCAAGAGCAGGUGGUUCAAGAGGACGAAGGUGAAGAGGAGGACAAACAAAAGAAGAUUGUCAGCUGGAGAGGAGCAAUGAUUGAAGCUGACCAGGCUACAGAACCUCCACCCUCAGCCAAUGAGAAAGAGGCAGCAGUGCCCCCAGCACCUGCCAACCCAGCUGGCACUGUCCCACUAGAAGUUUCACCUGAAACUAGAGUGCGACUGGAGGCAGUGUGCGAUGCCUUCAGACAUGCUUGGAAAGGCUACAAGGACUACGCCUGGGGUCACGAUGAACUCAAGCCCAUCUCCAAAUCUUUUGGUGAAUGGUUUGGACUGGGUCUGACGCUGAUUGAUGCUUUGGACACCAUGUGGAUUAUGGGCCUAAAAGAAGAAUUUGCAGAAGCAAAGACCUGGGUGGAGAAAGAUCUGUCCUUUAACAAGAAUGUGGAUGUGAAUUUAUUUGAAACAACCAUACGUAUCCUGGGGGGGCUGCUGAGCACUUACCAUCUAACAGGAGACCAACUUUUCUUGGAAAAAGCUAAAGACAUUGGCUCCAGAUUGAUGCCUGCCUUCAAAACACCUUCAAAGAUUCCCUUCUCAGAUGUCAACAUUGGAAAGGGAACAGCACAUCCUCCCAGAUGGACAUCAGACAGUACGCUCGCUGAAGUCACAAGCAUUCAGCUGGAAUUCAGAGAGCUGAGCCGCCUCACUCAGGACCCACAGUAUCAGGAGGCUGUGAAUGAGGUAAUGACGCUGGUCCACAAACUGCCCGGCAAACAUGACGGACUGGUGCCCAUGUUCAUCAAUACCAACAGCGGCCAGUUCACCCACAAAGGAGUCUUCACACUUGGUGCCCGGGCAGACAGCUACUAUGAAUACCUGCUCAAACAGUGGAUUCAGGGAGGCAAAACAGAAGACAACCUGCAGACAGACACAACCUGCUGAGACCAGAAACUGUGGAAAGUCUCUUCUACAUGUACAGAUUCACCAAAGAUGCCAAGUACAGAGACUGGGGAUGGGACAUGCUGCAGAGUUUCAAUAAGUACACAAAGGUCUCUGGUGGUGGCUACACAUCCAUUAACAACGUCCGCGACCCACUUAGCACCGGGCCCCGGGACAAGAUGGAGAGUUUCUUCUUGGGAGAGACAUUGAAGUACUUCUAUCUGCUCUUCUCUGAUGACAUGGAGCUUCUCAGUCUAGACAAGUAUGUCUUUAACACAGAAGCCCAUCCUCUCCCCAUAUGGCCCUCUCCACCUAAGUGAAUACACUGGAGACAUCAGUGAAAAUCAGGCCCGUGGAGUCAGGUGCAUCUCUAAGUCUCCAUCCAAGCUGAACUGCUGUGUGAAAGCAGAUCUGUGCUGUCUGCCUGAUAUGUAAAGGAGUUUAAUUUGUUUUGGGGGGUUUUGUUAAUUUUUCCUAAGGAAAAGGUUAGUGACAGAGCUGGUCUCUAAUGUAAAAAAACAACAACAACAACUUUUUAAAACUCAGAUCAAGCUACCGGGAACACUUUUAUUUAGUACUUGGGUGACUGAGAAUCUUCUUGUUUGUUCGUUUUUGCCAUGUGAGUUCAAAAACUCUCAUUAGUCCUACAUGUUGAGGAGUCCUGGCUGUUUAGGUGUCUGUUGACUCUCAUGCUUGAAGGGCAGUGAUUGAAAUGUUUUGAGCACGUUCAGCUGAAUUUUAUAUUUAAACGUUUGGCUCUAGUGUGUGAGUGUGGUGUGACGCAUAGUUAUCUUUACACUGGCACUUAUUCACAUAUAAAAAUGACACAAGUCAAAAACCCCUCAGGAUUUUGUUACUCCGUGUGGCCCUAUACCCCUGUGUGUGGGAGCUAUGGGCUACUGCAGCGCAGCACACAGGGGAUCAGUUCCAGGUCACAAGUCAGUGCCUAGCUGCAGAGGAAAUCAGAGCUUUCCUAAUACUGAACAUUUAUGUCUUUGAUUUAAAAAAAGUCUUCAAGUAAAAUAUUAGGAUAAAUACCGAUUUUUACACCCUCAUGCUGUGCAGCUUCCAGCUGUUGACCUCCGUUACUUUUCAUUGCUCUUUUUUGUUUUUUGUCUUCUUCUAUAUCACUUUUACACUUUUUAGCUGUGAUUUACAUGAUUCUGCAAAAUAAAGAGUUAAAUGAAUUAAAUUCCUGAACAGCCAUAUCUGUGUUUGUAAAGAAAAAUGUGGCUGUUGUUUACGAUCUUUACCUUUUUUGUGUAGCAUUAAAGCAGUCGUGGUUCUGUAGGUGUUACCUGUAUGCCAGUAAACUGGCUCUACAGAUGUAAUAACGAUGUAAUAAGUCUUGAAUAAUAAUCUUGGCACAAGAA